UUUAAAAAUACCCCCUUCCAAACUUCACCUGCAAUUAAUCAGAUGAACCAAGUGAUAGUUGCUGGAGAAAACAAUGUUUGUGAGGAAGUGGACAACACAGUGGUGAAAAAAAGCUACGAACCAAAUCAGCAGUUGCGGAGAUCUCUAAAUUUCUCUGGAGAGAAGCCAUCCACGCCAGUAUUGGACACCAUUUAUUAUCCACUACACAUGAAAAAUCUAUCCGUUCAGGAACUUGAGGAGCUAGCUGAUGAACUCCGUGAAGAGAUUGUUUAUACAGUGUCAAAGACUGGAGGGCAUUUAAGUUCAAGCUUGGGUGUGACAGAGUUAACUGUGGCGCUUCAUCAUGUAUUCAACACUCCUCAGGACAAGAUCAUUUGGGACGUUGGUCAUCAGGCCUAUGCUCAUAAGAUUUUAACGGGAAGAAGAUCCAAAAUGCACACAAUUCGACAAACUGGUGGACUUGCAGGCUUUCCAAAGAGGGAUGAGAGUGUCCAUGACGCUUUUGGUGUUGGUCAUAGUUCUACUAGCAUUUCAGCUGGUUUAGGAAUGGCAGUGGCCAGAGACUUGAUUGGAAAGGAUAACCAUGUGAUUUCAGUGAUCGGUGACGGAGCCAUGACGGGAGGACAAGCUUACGAGGCAAUAAACAACGCUGGUUUUCUUGAUACCAAUCUUAUUAUAAUCUUAAAUGAAAAUGAACAAGUUUCCCUUCCCACUGCCACCGUUGAUGGCCCUGCUCAACCGGUUGGAGCUCUUAGUAGAGCCCUCGCGAGGUUACAUAACAGUUCUAAGUUCCAUCAACUACGUCAGAUCGCAAAGGGCACGAAGAAAAAUGGAGGCCAAGUACAUGAAUUUGCAUCUAAAUUGGAUUCCUACAUUCGAGGGAUGGUAGGUGGCACUGGUGCUUGUUUAUUUGAAGAUCUAGGGCUCUUCUACAUUGGCCCAGUAGAUGGGCAUGAUUUGGAAGACCUUGUGCACAUCUUGAAAAGUGUCAAGGGCAUGCCGACACUUGGACCUGUUCUCAUUCAUGUAAUCACUGAGAAAGGAAAAGGUUAUCAUCCGGCUGAAGUUGCUCCUGACAAGAUGCACGGUGUUGUGAAAUUUGAUCCCAAGUCAGGGAAGCAGUUGAAAUCCAAAACUAGUACGCGGUCUUACACACAGUAUUUUGCAGAGUCUUUAAUAGCAGAAGCUGAAGUUGAUGACAAAAUUGUUGCCAUCCAUGCUGCAAUGGGAGGGGGCACCGGGCUUAACUUGUUUCAAAAGCGCUUCCCCGAAAGAUGUUUUGAUGUUGGGAUAGCAGAACAACAUGCUGUAACCUUUGCUGCAGGCCUUGCUGCUGAGGGCUGUAAACCCUUUUGCGCAAUUUACUCUUCCUUUCUACAAAGAGGCUAUGAUCAGGUCAGAGGUCAUGAAACUUUGUGUUGGGAAAUAAGGUCGGAUAAGAUGGAAUAA